UCACAAGAACUAAGCUUGCCUUUGAACUCCUUCACCAUCAACAUAACACAACUCUUUCUUUUUCUUCAUCCCCACUUUCUCUGUUUGUUUCCUUCUUAGCGUAUAAAAAUUUGACAGUGUAAUGAUGUAGAAGAAUAAAAAAAACAGACCAAAACAGUGUUGUAAAAAAAACAUAUUAAUUAGUCACUACUACUUUGAUUUGUUGUGUUGUGUGUGUUGGAAGUGUUUGAUGGGUGAAGAGGAACAAGUGUUGAGAAAAAACAAACGUAGACACAUGGGAGUUAAUGGUGAUAAGUGGUUGUAUAGUAACUGCUUAAACAAUUGUGCUAAUUGGCGCUGUUUAAGAUACCAAAACUCUCCUUUUAAGUGAACAACAAAAACAUAAUCUUUGUCUUCUAACCUUUUUUUCUCUUCAGAUCUUUAUUUUCUCGUACUAAUCAAACUUAACAACCUUAAUCUUAUAAUUAAAGUACUCAUGAAGAGACUUGGAAGCUCUGAUUCUUUAGGUGCUCUCAUGACAAUUUGUCCAACAACAGAAGAAGAGAGUCCAAGGAACAACCAAGUGUAUGGAAGGGAAUUUCAGUCCAUGAUGGAAGGACUAGAUGAAGAAGGAUGUGUUGAUGAACCAGGGCAGAAGAAACGAAGACUAAGUGUGGAUCAAGUUAAGGCUUUGGAGAAGAAUUUUGAAGUUGAAAACAAGCUUGAACCAGAUAGGAAAGUUAAGCUUGCUCAAGAGCUUGGUUUGCAACCAAGACAAGUUGCUGUUUGGUUUCAAAACCGUCGUGCUAGAUGGAAGACCAAACAAUUGGAAAGAGAUUAUGGUGUUCUCAAAGCCAAUUAUGAUGCACUUAAACUUAAUUGUGAGGAUCUCCAACGUGACAAAGAAACCUUACUCAAAGAGGUUAAGGAAUUGAAAUCAAGAUUGCAAAUACAAGAAGAAAACACAACUACUGAAAGCGAUGUUUGUGUGAAAGAAGAGUUGAUAACAUUGCAAGAAUCAGAAAACACAGCUUCUGAUGAAACCGCCAUUCUUAGAUCCGAUUCUAAGGACUUAAACAACGAUUGUUUCAAAAAUGGUGAUGGAGUUGCUUCACUAUUUCCUGCGGAUUUCAAAGACGGUUCUUCAGAUAGCGAUUCAAGUGCAAUCUUGAAUGAAGAAAGCAACGCAGCAAUUUCUUCAUCUGGGGUUCUUCAAAAUCACAACUUUUUGAUGUCUCCUGGUUCUUCUUCCUUGAAGUUUAAUUGUUCUGAAUCGUCGUCACCGUCUUCUAUGAGUAAUUGCUUUCAGUUUCAGACGCAGUUUGUGAAGAUGGAAGAGCAUAAUUUUCUUAGUGCUGAUGAGACUUGUGAUUUCUUCUCAGAUGAACAACCACCAACGCUUCAAUGGUAUUGUUCAGAGGAGUGGAAUUAAGAAAGAAAAAGACUUGUGAUGAGUUUAAUUUGAGAGGUGCGAAUAGAAAAAAUAAGACAUUGUGCAACGGUGUAUAGUUAAAAAUCGAUCCCUGUAAAAAUGGAUUAAUGAAUUGGAGAGAGAUUGAGAGAGAAGUUGAAGAACGUGAGAGGGGGAGAAAGAUCGCAUGGUGUAGGGUCGGAGAUGAAAGGUUGAUGAUGAUUAAGACCGUGCGGGGAGGGGUUAAUUUCUGAAUAAUAAUGAUUAGAUCUUAAUGAAAACUCUGUUGUAAAAAUUUUGGAAUUGGGUAGAAGAUAUUUACUAUUCUAAUGGUUCAACUCUAUUUUCAUUC